ACAUCACAGUGUCAGAGAGAAGAUGGCGGCAGCAGCGUCUCUCCGCUCCGGCCUCCGCGGCUCCCUGAGUCCCGGUCUCCGCUCCCCGAGCCCCGGUCUCCGCUCCAUGAGCCCCGGUCUCCGCUCCCCGAGCCCCGGUCUCCGCUCCCUGAGUCCCGGUCUCUCUCUGCUGCUCUGUCUCGGCCUGCUGAGCUCCAUCAGCUCCGCUGUGUGCGAGGAGCAGGUUCCGCUGCUGCUGUGGACCAGCGAGAGGAUGCCGGUGCAGACCCAGCCCCCCCCCUCAGCCGGUCACAUCGUGGGACAGCAGCAGCUGGCCUCUUACCUGGAGAACGUUCUGAAUGUGGGACCAAGAAACGUUGUUCUGUUCCUCCAGGAUAAGAUGAGCAUCGAGGACUUCACCAUGUAUGGAGGAGCUUUUGGGAACAAACAGGACAGUGUGUUUCCCAACCUGGAGGGCGCUAUGAUGUCAUCGUCCCCGCUGGUUUUACCUGCUGUGUCGUGGCCGGCCUCCAACGCUGUGAUUGGCCAGCUGCAGGACCAAUUGGAGACGUCCCCUCUGUACAUGGACCCUGAGACUCUGAGCCAGCUGAGACUGAACGCGUCGUCCCCGACCCUGCUGGUGUUCAGACUGCCCUACGGCACGGGGGCUGAUCUGAUGUCAGCUAAAGAGAUUCUGAGUGGAAACGAUGAGGUCAUCGGUCAGGUUCUGAGUAUCAUGAAGACUCAGUCUGUUCCUUACACGGCGAUCUACACCUCGCUGAGACCCUCGCAGGAGGUGGCGUCCCUCUCCGUGGAGGUGGAGGGGGCUUUGGGUGGAGGUCGCUCCCUCCUGCAGGUCAGAGGAGGAUACAAAGAGCGGGAGAGAGAGAGAGAACGGCAGCGACGCAUCAAAGAGAAAUCCUCCGUCUACCCCCCCGUCGAGUUCAAGGAAGCGGAGGAGAGCUGCAUCCUGCUCUGGGCGAGGAGUCUGUCAGUCAGCAUCCUGCGGAGCGGCCGCUGGGAGGAACACGACCUGACCCCGUCCACCUUCGGGGAGGGGGUCAGCCCCAAGCUGCACGGGUCCAGCUGCGACAAGUCCAGAUCCAAGUUGGUUCUGAACUAUGAAAACGUUCUCGGACAUCGAAGCUUCAAACUGACCUUCUCCAUGAGUCAGCGUCUCUACAAGGUCUCCUCCAGGAACUGGUUCACGCUGGACUCGGUGGAUCUGGAGUACGAUGGGACCAAAGCGUCGUUUAACGGCAGCAGGAACAUUUACGCUCCGGCUGAGUUCUCGUAUCGCUGCGAGUCCGUCACCAACUUCCGCUGGCCGCUGCUCGUCCCCCGCUCCUCCAAGGACCCGGCCAAUCAGUGGAGAGUGUCCUUCGAAGACUUCCAGAUCCAGGGCUUCCUGGUGAGGGGGGGGCAGUUCUCGUACGGCAGCGAUUGCUCCGCCUUCUUCUCUCCGGGCAUCUUGAUGGGUCUGCUGACCUCCGUCCUCAUGGUCCUAGUGCUCACCUACGGCCUGCACAUGAUCCUGCAGCUACGCACCAUGGACCGCUUCGACGACCCCAAAGGGCCCCCCAUCUCAGUCCCCCUCACAGACUGACCCCCCCUCACAGACUGACCCCCCCCCACAGACUGACCCCCCCUUACAGACUGACCCCCAUCUCAGUCCCCCUCACAGACUGACCCCCCCUCACAGACU